AUGCCCGAACAGUUCCCUCAGGUGCAGGGCGGAGGCUCCCUGAUCCUCGCCUGGCAAAUCCGGAACAAGAAUGUCCUAGUCGUAGGCGGCGGCGAGGUCGCAGCCGGCCGCAUCCUCAACCUCCUCAACGCCGACGCACGCGUCACCGUCGUCUGCCCUUCUUCGGGCCUCAACCCGGAAGUCCGCCACCGCAUCGCCCACGGCCAAGUGACGCACGUCGACCGCGUCUUCCUACCCCUCGACCUCGAGCCCUCAAAAAACGUCGCCAUGGUCCUCACCGCCAUCGACGACCCAGCCGCCUCGACCCGCAUCUGGAAAUACUGCAAGGCGCAGCGCGUCCCCGCCAACAUCGCCGACGUGCCGCCCGAGUGUGACUUCUACUUUGGGAGCGUGCACCGUGACGGCCCGCUGCAGAUCAUGGUGAGCACGAACGGGAAUGGGCCGCGGCUGGCGGCGAGGAUCCGGCGGGACAUUGCAGGGUUUCUGCCGCAGGGGACGGGCGACAGUAUCGCGCGCGUGGGCCAGCUGAGGAGGAAAUUGCGCAAACGAGCGCCGGGGAUCGGCACGGAGGAUAUCCAGCGGCGCAUGGCGUGGAUGACGCGCGUGUGCGAUGAAUGGGAGGGCGAAGAGCUGGGUGUGUUGGGCGACGACGAGAUGGAUGCGCUUGUGAGAUUCUAUGACACGGACGAGGUGCCGAGCUUCGAACAGCUGCGCCUGGGCGGCGGCAAGCAGGACGGCGUUGUCUGGGAUUGGGAUGGCAGCUACGGAUUCGCCAUUUGA